AUGUCUAGCUAUUUUACAACUUCUACGAGGAGGUUAUGUUUGGCCGUAUCGUAUGGUCUAGCUUCCCUAGCCCGUAGCUGCUGUAAAACCCAGAGGUACAACGAGAGUACUUCCACUCCCCGCCAACUUCCGCUGUGGGUGCAAGUUUCUCCGAGGUUCCUCUAUAUCACGUGCUAUCACGUGGCUCCGCCCCUGCCGUCUCUGGCGGAAAGUCGGCGGACUCCGCUGGCAGGGCGAAAAAGAGACGUGGGAGAAGAGAGCGAGGCAAGGAGGAGCCCCUUGGAAGCAGCCCCGACGGUUUUAUGGGUCAUAAAAAAAAAGGGGGGAAAGACGGGAAGAGCUUUUUUCCUCUUAGCCGUUCGAUGUGCACCAGCCGGGAUUUCCAACGCAGUCUCCGGCUCUCCCAUCCCUCCCAUCCCUCCACCUGCCUUGCUCUCCUCGUUGCUUUUUCUGCGUGCGUCGGCCUCGUCGAAGCGUUAG